GUUAGUUUUGCGUCUACAUGUGGUGCCUAAAGAAUACAAAGUGUCUUGGAAUUCACAAAUAUCAUGAAUCCUGCUGCGAGGUCCUGCUCCCAUCCUGCGACGACUACAAACUGGUGUUCCUGAGCGGCUCCGACGACGACAGUUCCUCCACAGCUUCGGGCUGCUUCCCUGUGGACGAGUGCGACUGGGACUACUUCGAACCUUCUCCGGCAGGUGGCGUCCGGUUGCUCAGAGAUGGGUACUGGGCGUCACCACCGUGGGGGAGUCCCAGGGGAAAAAGAAGGGGCGGGUUGGACAGUCCGGUGGGAUCGCCUUUGGUGUACAGGAGACGAUUCCGUGAAUCCGACGGUACCGCCACCGAUACCGAGGACAGCACCCGCCUAGACUUCGAUGCAGGUUCCUCCCCUGCCUCCUCAGACGGGCUUCUCCAUCCCUCGCCGGUACCACCCUCCUCAAAGCACAUCGAAGAACCCUCGAAACAACCCUGUCGUACCUGUGGCCAAGCGGCAAGUAAACAAGUAUGUUGCACGUGUCGUACUUGUGGCCAAGCAACCGCCACACCGCAGUACAUCCCGAUUCCCGUACCGGUACCAAUUCCGUUCCCUGUUCCGGCUGAUACGUUGAAACUGUACGACGCCAGGAUUCGUUCGUUGCCGCGUGCCGUUUGGCCCUACCUCAAUGCCAUGCUGACCGGCAGUUCCGCGACGCGCUACAUCGAGGCAGUACCCAUGAUCGGCGAAGCCACGUUCUCGACCGACGAGCCGAGCUACGACUUUACCGAUUUCUUGCGGAAUGAUAAGCACGCGAUGCCUGUGCCGGCGGCACUUCGGUCACAGUACGACUUGAGUGCUUCUAUAAACGUUGAAAAAGUUAGCUCGAAAGAAGCAGGAAGCUCACAACCAGUACCUACCGGAAAAGAAGCUGAAGAGGAGGUAAAAUCUAAAGAGACUAAGUACGACUUGAAGGCUCUUCAAGAUGUUAACGGAUAUUUUCGUACUGAAAAGCAAGAUCAAGCCUCAAACCACGACUCCUCACAAGUUAAGGAAAAGCAGUACCAUGACCACAAUAAAUCAUCUGGUCGAGAAAAGGCAAAACAUAUGAAACAUAAAGAAAAACAGCAUCACGAUGAUGGAACAGUAUCACAGCCAAGUGCAAGUCAGUACGAUGAUAAAAAAGUAGUACCCAAAGAAGCUUUGCGCAAGACUCGUGAUAGAUACGAGUCAACAUCUGACUCUAAUGAUACCGACAAUGUGUCACGACGUUACAAUCCAAUGUCGAAUCUGGAUGUACUCAAGAAUCAAAAGUACGGUGUGAAUGUGCCUUCUAAGGUGACCGGACACCUUCCAGAUGAAAAAAAUCGACCAAGUCCCUCAUCAGUGAAUCCUAAUGUAUCAGCAACUCCCGAAACCAGCUCAGUGGUACCAGAAAGAGUCACAGGUCACUUGCAAAGCGAAGAAAGGCGGUACCGAACUUCUUCGGACUCCAGUGGACUCGUUGAUUCAACACAGCGCAAAAGAUACGACUCAGAACCUAGCGAAGGAGAUGACUCGCAUGUGGUGCCUCAAAGACGCAGGAGGUGCGACGCAGAAGUGAGCGGCUACUUAAUGUGCGAACAAAAGCAUUACCGAGCAUCUACCAGCAAAACCACUGCUCCAGAAAGGCUGGGAGGACGAAGCAGGUAUGACUCAGAACCAAGCGAAGGACAAGAAAUAAGCGGGUACUUGCAAUGUGAAGAGAGGCAGUACCAUUCAUCGAGCGAGUCAAGCAGUGAAAGCGUGAGUGAGAGCGAUGAGGAUAGAGGGAGACAGGUGCGCGUGAGAAGGGUGUAUACGGUAAAUGGAGGAGAGGGAGGUGAGGGGAGGCAGAGUGAUGACGCGCUACCGGAGAGCAGUAACAUCAGCAGCGAAGGGGAGAUGGAAGGCGGUGAUACUGGAAGGCUAUCCCACAGCUCUAUAAGAGAAUACGACGACGAUAUGUCCUCAUCAGGCUCAGCCGACACUGACACUGACGACACUGGAACUGUAGCGGACCAAAAGCCCAAACGCUUCUGCAGAGUGUUUGUCGUUAAUAAAAACCAAUCUUCAUCCUCUUCAUCCACUUCAUCUAGCAGUGAUAGUGAUUCCUCAGACAACAACACUGACACCGAACUUGAUUGUACUGUGGUGCUCAACUACGUAAAACAGAUCGAUGAAAGCUCUGGUGAAAUAAUCCCGGUAGAAAAAGAGCAGCAACCUUUAGAAGAAAAGGAAGUUAGCCCGGAGAUAGCUUCUCCUUCCAAGCAAGGAAAUUACCGUAAGAAACGGAGAACAUGGGAUAGGAGGAAUGAGACUAGACGAAAUUCUAGCCCUCUGUCAUUGAAACAGCUGGAUCUGGUUAAAGGCGAACCACAAGAAGACACUGCCUCUCAGGGUGUAUCUUUAAAUAGAAUUACUAAUACUGGCAAUACCAAUCUGAAGAGAGCAGUCAGUCUUAAAGACUUACUCGGAGAUAAAAGAGUUAGUCCUGGCAAGAAAAACUCUUACAGCGAUGAAGAUAUUGAUGAUGAGGUUUCAAUGUCACAUGAAGCUAUCUCAAAGGAUUCUGAAAAAGAUAAGAAAGACAUGAAGACCUUUGAGAGUCAAACAGCAGAAAUACUUAUUUUAGAUGAUAUUAUUUCUACGAAAGGUAGCUUAGUUGACACAACUGGAUUGAGUACUGAUAACAGUGUUGUAGGGUCAAGCGUUGAUCCCGAUACCACUGAAACAACUAUUGGUGAUAUCAUGAAGGUAGAAGAAUCGGGGAAAGGCUUUCAGGGAUCGAAGAGUGCCAGAAGAAGAAGGAAAAGACGUAGCCUUAAGUCAGAGGAAAGUCAACAUCGAACAAGUUCAGUAUCUGAAAAUAAAGAUCAGCAUGAUCCUGAGCAUGCUACAGAAGAUAACAUAGAAAGCAAUGAAAGUGCAACAAAGGCGGCGAUAAUCACAGAAGCAGAAAGUUGUGAUCUCCAAAAUACUGUAGAUGAAUCAGUUGAACAUACAUCGCAAAUUGUUGCAGAGAAGAUAGAAUCUAAAGGCUCAUCCAACACAAAAAGGCGUAAGAGGAGACGUAAUAGUAAACCGAAAGAUACGAAUCAGGACUCUAAGGUGAUAGUUGACGAGCAAGGUGCAAUUGAAUCUGCUGCUGACCUAGGACAAGACAUAAAUGAAGAAAAUGGUUGUGAUAUUGAACUACAACAGAAUGAUGGCUUGAAAGAAGCCGCUGCUCUAGAUUUAGGAACAGAAGUCGUCGCUACCGCUGAAGGAAAUGAUAAUAGUACAGAUGGAAGCAUUUUAGAAAUUAUUGGGUAUAUCGAAUCAGUUGAAGGUACCACCGAUCGUCUCAAUGGGGAAACACAACCAAAUGAUGCUGACCAUGCUACAGAAGAUGUAACAGUGGCUAAAAGCAAAUCCGAAAAGAAAAAGAGACAAAGAAAGAGGAGGAAAACUGGUGACUCGGAGGAGAGCAAUCGUUGCAAGGAGACGGUUGAAGUAAAUACGAUCCCGGAGCCAGCAAAUACACCACAAGAGCAAAAGUCCAGUGAUAAUGUGGCACGUGAAAAGAUACCGGAAGUGAAUAGUAGCUUAGCUAUGGUAACAAGCGAAAGUCAGUAUUUUGAUUCUAUUGAGGAUGCUAUAGAAAACAAUGGGAGACCAACGGAAGAGCUAACAGUGGAUCUUGAUAUAGAGUCUGCAGAGUCCAGUAUAAAGGAGUCAAUAAAUGAAGCUGGUAUAACCCUAAAAGCACUGAGUGAUGAAACAAAAAAAAGAACACGGGAUGAUGAAGUGGAUGUUGCAGGUAUUGAAAAGGUUGUUGAAGAUUUAGGAACUGGCAGCACUAGAAAUAGAGAACAUGAUGGAGCACAGGUGUUUCCAGUGGUAAAUGAUAAAGAAGUAACGACUGCUGGAAGAUCUGACGAUGAUAAUUGUACAGAGGUUACUUCGGAGGUUAUAGCGGCAGUGCCUGAAGAUGAACGUGUUGUUGGCUGUGCUAAGCAAGUAAUGAAUGAAACUAGUACAGAAAAUCCAUCACUAAAAAGUAUCUCGAGUAAUUGUUCUGAUAUUAUCGCGGAGGCAGUACCUCAAUGUGAGUGUACUGACGGCAGUUCCGAGCCUACAAAGAGCGAAAUUAAUCAAGAAAAUACUUGUGUAAAAAACCAAACUACUGGUGCUAAUUGCACGGAAUCCAUCGAAGCGUGUGCGCGUAAAGCAGCGGUACCGGAAGCACCGUUGACGGAGUACGACUCGUCGAGCCCGAACCUGAGCGACGCGAGCGCGGAAUCGCUGCACUCCAGUGACGGCGACGGAGAGGGCGUCGGUUCCACGGUACUCGGAACGAACAACGUGGUGGGAGGCUACGCCGUAGCUGAACAACGUCCAGGUGCGCAAAGGUACACCAGUCUGGUGAUGAUCACGCAGCAGUUCGCGACAGCUGCGGCUCAGGCGUCGGCGCCGGCGGUCAACGUGCUCGCCACUGGCGCUACGACUGUCGUAGCGGGAACCGCGGGCGCGCAGGGUGAAGUGGUCGUGGUGCGACACACCAAUGCCGGAGGUCUAGUGAGGGCUGGGGGGUGUAGUGGUUGUGAUAGUGCCAGUGAUGUGGAUAUGUCCAGUGUAAGGGGUUGGGGAGAUAAGGACAACGCAGGCAUGAGGCAGAGAGGAGGAGGUGAGUCAAGCAUGUCAUUCAUUGAUUGUUUUUAGUAUAG